CACACUGUAGGACAGAUGUGGACAGAUGUGGACAGAUGUGGACAGAUGUGGACUGAUGUGGACUCAGUGUGGCGGGCUGAGGGGCAGACAGCUGCUGUUGUUAUUAAAGAAGUAAUCAUGGCCGUAUUCAGGAAGAUAACUGCGUCACAAACCUGCCGCUCCUCCAACAGGAACUUUAUCUUUAUGAACAUUUGAAUUUAAACGUGAUCGGUGACGUCAUGAAAGAGAUUUCCUUUGAAUUAAGAUUUGAUCUUAUUGUGAACUUUAUUGAGACUGUCAGUCAUUUAUUUUGGAGCUGUCUCUUCAAGUUAUUUGGAGGGGUGUGUCUGAUUGUGACAGUAACUAAGUACAUUUACUCCAGUACUUUACUUAAUUACAAUCUUAAUUGUACUUUACUAGAGUAUAUCCAUGUUCUGCUUCUUUAUACUUGUACUACAUUCAUUUCACAGCUACAGUUACUUUUCAGACAAUAUGAUGAUAUAAUAACGACAGAGUCCAUUCUGCAUGAUACUUGAUGCUUUAACUAUAUUUGACUAAUAACACUUGUGGACUUUUACUCUGGUAAAAUGAUUAAGAAGGAUUUUCACUUGUAGUGGAGCCUUUUUCUCUCAAUAAGGAUUUUUUAAAAUGUAUUUAUUGCAAAAUGGGAACUAUUAGGAAAAACUCCACAUAAUCAAUUUGAUAAUACAUCUCCAUAAAUCCUCCGACGAUAAAGCAUUUCUGCUGUUCCGGUAGGUGAUUAUAUCUGUGACUGAACACAAAGAGAAAAGCUGUCUGACAAAACAUAUCUGGUAUUUUUAUCGAGGCGACACCUAUCUAUGUCUCUGUUGUUGUUUUGGUUGCUGAUUUGCUGCCGGUACUUUAUGCGGGUUCAGAUUUAACUAUUGAACAACUUGUUUAAUAGGUCAGGGGCCCGACUGAAAGGGGCCCCGAGACAGCUGCAGAUUCUCUGAGGGAGGAUAAAGUGUUCAGACGCUUAAUGGUUGUGUUAUAUUAUUCUAUAUUAGUUAUUAUUGUAUUAUUCCAGAUGUGUUAACAUGUCAGGAGCAUUUUAAUGUUCAUUACAAUGUAAACUUACUGAUAAACUGGUUCUAAGUUCUUGAUUUCUGUUGGUUUACAGGCCUGUUUCACUGCACUGUUCAGUUUCCACUUAUUAAUUAAUUAAUUAAUUAAUAUUUCUGUCUGAGGGAUUUCUCUGAAUCUUAAUUACAUCAUAAUAUUUCUGGGUGGGAUAUGUGAGUUUUGUUGACAGAGUAAAGAGACUGACUCACCUCACAUCAGCCUCUUUCUGCUGAUUUCUGUAGUUGUGAAUCACGUCACUGCAGCUUCAUGACGCCAUCUAGUGGACGGAUGGUAGAAGUGCAGCAGCUGAUGGCAGCUUCCUCUGCCUCACGCUGAUAUGAAACAGAGAAGAAGAGCCAAUCAGCGGAGGAGCAGCUGGAGAAAUGAUGUACAUUUGAGUCGAUGUGCAGAUGAAUGAUGUGUGUUUCUCUCCACAUGAAGGUAGAAAGUGUGUGUGAGCUGAUGUGGAUGUGAACUCAGCAGCAUGGAUCAGUGUGAGGACAGAGAGGAGGGAGCCCCUCCCUCUAAAACCACUCUGUGUGGGGAACAUGAGAGAAAGACCAGAGCUCAGAGGGUUAGAGACACACCACACUCUGCUGGACCUGGACCUGGACCUGGACCUGGACCUGGACCUGGACCUGGGUCCAGCUGUGUGUCCAUGAAGAGUGACCAGUCCAUGGAGUUUCCUGUUAAUUUCAGACAAUCUGUUGAUGAAAGGAUCCAGCAGCAGAGACCAGACUCUCCUGAACCCAGCUGUCUGUCUUUAAAGAGUGACAUGUCAAAGGGCAGGCUCAUUGGCUUUAAAGGGCGACGUCCAUCAGCUGAUCAGAUAGUGGACCAGGAGAGCUCAGAGGUUCCCAGUGCUCAGUCUGCCCAGCAGCAUCAAACACAGCUGGACUCCAUAUUUAUGCUGCUGGAGGAGAACACGGUCGCUUUUGUCAAGAACGAGCUGAAGAAGAUGCACAAGCUUCUGAGUCCAGAUUACCCAGAAUGCUCAGGGAGUCGGAGGGAGGAUGAGGAGGUGUUGGACGGUGAGGAUGAAGAGCAGAGGAGGAGCAGCAGAGAGGCAUUUGUGAAGAUCACAGUGAACUUCCUGAGGAGAAUGAAGCAGGAGGAGCUGGCUGACUGUCUGCAGAGCAAAUCUCCUGCUAUGUGCCGACCAAGACUCAAAUCUAACCUGAAGAAGAAGUUCCAGUGUGUGUUUGAGGGGAUCUCUAAAGCAGGAAACCCGACCCUUCUGAACCAGAUCUACACAGAGCUCUACAUCACAGAGGGAGGGACUGGAGAGGUCAAUGAUGAACAUGAGGUCAGACAGAUUGAAACAGCAUCCAGGAAACCAGUCAGACCAGAAACAACCAUCAGACAAGAAGACAUCUUUAAAGCCUCACCCGGAAGAGACGGACCAAUCAGAACGGUGAUGACAUUGGGAGUGGCUGGCAUCGGGAAAACAGUCUUAACACAGAAGUUCACUCUGGACUGGGCUGAAGACAAAGCCAACCAGGACAUACAGUUCACAUUUCCAUUCACCUUCAGAGAGCUGAAUGUGCUGAAAGAGAGAAAGUUCAGCUUGGUGGAACUUGUUCAUCACUUCUUUACUGAAACCAAAGAAGCAGGAAUCUGCAGGUUCGAUCGGUUCCAGGUCGUGUUCAUCUUUGACGGUCUGGAUGAGUGUAGACUUCCUCUGGACUUCCACAACACUGAGAUCCUGACUGAUGUUACAGAGUCCACCUCAGUGGACGUGCUGCUGACAAACCUCAUCAGGGGGAAGCUGCUUCCCUCUGCUCGCCUCUGGAUAACCGCACGACCUGCAGCGGCCAAUCAGAUCCCUCCUGAGUGUGUUGACGUGGUGACAGAGGUCAGAGGGUUCACUGACCCACAGAAGGAGGAGUACUUCAGGAGGAGGUUCAGAGAUGAGGAGCAGGCCAGCAGGAUCAUCUCCCACAUCAAGACAUCACGAAGCCUCCACAUCAUGUGCCACAUCCCAGUCUUCUGCUGGAUCACUGCUACAGUUCUGGAGGAGGUGUUGAAAACCAGAGAGGGAGGAGAGCUGCCCAAGACCCUGACUCAGAUGUACAUCCACUUCCUGGUGGUUCAGACCAAACUGAAGAAGGUCAAGUAUGAUGGAGGAUCUGAGACGGAUCCACACUGGAGUCCAGAGAGCAGGAAGAUGAUUGAGUCUCUGGGAAAACUGGCGUUUGAGCAGCUGCAGAAAGGAAACCUGAUCUUCUAUGAAUCAGACCUGACAGAGUGUGGCAUCGAUAUCAGAGCAGCCUCAGUGUACUCGGGAGUGUUCACACAGAUCUUUAAAGAGGAGAGAGGCCUGUACCAGGACAAGGUGUUCUGCUUCGUCCAUCUGAGUGUUCAGGAGUUUCUGGCUGCUCUUCAUGUCCAUCUGACCUUCAUCAAGUCUGGAGUCAAUCUGAUGUCAGAAGAACAAUCAACCUCCAAGAAGUCUGAACCAAGACGAGACAAAUCUGCAGAGACAAACUUCUACCAGAGAGCUGUGGACGAGGCCUUACAGAGUCCAAAUGGACACCUGGACUUGUUCCUCCGCUUCUUCCUGGGUCUUUCGCUGCAGACCAAUCUGACUCUCCUACGAGGUCUGAUGUCACAGACAGGAAGUGGCUCAAAGACCAAUCAGGAAACAGUCCAGUACAUCAAGGAGAAGAUUGAAGAGACUCCCUCUGCAGAGAAAAGCAUCAACCUGUUCCACUGUCUGAAUGAACUGAAUGAUCGUUCUCUAGUGGAGCAGAUCCAACAGUCCCUGAGAUCAGGACGUCUCUCCACAGAUAAACUGUCUCCUGCUCAAUGGUCAGCUCUGGGCUUCAUCUUACUGUCCUCAGAAGACCAUCUGGACGUGUUUGACCUGAAGAAAUACUCUGCUUCAGAGGAGGCUCUUCUGAAGCUGCUGCCAGUGGUCAAAGUCUCUAACAAAGCUGUACUGAAUGGCUGUAACCUCUCAGAGAGAAGCUGUGAAGCUCUGUCCUCAGUCCUCAGCUCCCAGUCCUCUAGUCUGAGACACCUGGACCUGAGGAACAACGACCUGCGGGACUCAGGAGUGAAGCUGUUGUCUGCUGGACUGGAGAGUCCACUCUGUACACUGGAGACUCUCAGUCUGUCAGGAUGUCAGGUCACAGAGGAAGGCUGUGCUUCUCUGGCCUCAGCUCUGAGCUCCAACCCCUCCCACCUGAGAGAGCUGGACCUGAGCUUCAAUCAUCCAGGAGACUCAGGACUGAAGCUUCUGUCUGCUGGACUGGAGGAUCCAGACUGGAGACUGGACACUCUCAGGGCGGAGCCUGGUGGAGUCCGAUGGUUGACACCAGGUCUGAGGAAGUAUUCCUGUGAACUCACAAUCGACACAAACACAGUGAACAGAAGGAUCAAACUGUCUGACAACAACAGGAAGGUGACACACGUGGAGGAGGAUCAGUCAUAUCCUGGUCAUCCAGACAGAUUUGACCAGUGGCCUCAGCUGCUGUGUUCAACUGGUCUGACUGGUCGCUGUUACUGGGAGGUCGAGUUGAGUGGAUGCGUUGAUGUAUCAGUGAAUCACAGAGGAAUCAGCAGGAAAGGAAACAGUAAAGACUCUGUGUUUGGAGAGAACGAUCAAUCCUGGAGUCUGCACUGCUCUGGUGCUGGUUACUCUGUCUGUCACAAUAAAACAAGAACAUCUGUUUUGUCCUCCUCCUCCUCCUCCUCCUCCUCUGUCUCUAACAGAGUAGCGGUGUAUGUGGACUGUCCUGCUGGCUCUCUGUCCUUCUACAGAGUCUCCUCUAACAAACUGAUCCACCUCCACACCUUCAACACCACCUUCACUGAACCUCUGUAUCCUGGGUUUGGGUUCUGGCCCUUCUCUAGUCCUGGUUCCUCAGUGUCUCUGUGUUGAAUGUAGCAGAGAGAGAAAUGUUCUAAUUGUUCAACAGAUAGUUCAGUCUCUACAAGUCCGUCUGAAAAUGAUCUUUGCAAUACACAAUACACUGUAGUAAUAAGUAAUAAUAAAGAAUAUUGGUUAUUAUUCAUGAAGUUUGCUGUUGGAAUGUGUCAAAACUAUAACAGCGUACUAUUACAUAUAUUCAUGUUCUAUUGCAUCUAUAUCUCGUAUAACCACGAUACAUUUUGAAUUUACUUGUAACACAAACAAUGUACACUUGAGUUUCACUAAUCAAACAGCCAUAUACUUAAAGUGUAUAAAGUACUCUUGAAGUUGUUUCACUUUUACACAUAAAAGUUCAGUGAAUACACUUCAAUUUAAUUAAAACUAAAGCAUAGUUGGCUUAACCAGCUGUUCAAAGAUAUUGUACUUUAAAUUAACUAAUCAUUAACAAACUUUAAGUAUACUGGUCCUUAGUCGCGCUGCCAAAAUUUAAUUUACUUGGCAAAUUUUUUUUCACCAGGGAUAAUAUCACCACAGGAUAAAAAUGUUGUUGACUUU